AUGUCGGGCAGUGCGGGUUUUGACCGCCACAUCACCAUCUUUUCGGACCAAGGGCGCCUUUACCAAGUCGAAUAUGCCUUCAAAGCUAUUACAGCGGCGAACAUAACUUCCGUAGGAGUACGGGGCAAAGACUGUGCGGUUGUCCUGUCACAGAAGAAAGUACCAGACAAGUUGAUCGACCCAUCUUCGGUCACUCACAUCUUCAGGCUGUCGCCAUCUGUCGGCUGCGUGAUGACUGGUUCAAUAGCAGAUGCCCGGGCUUGGGUAAACCGGGCUAGAGGAGAGGCUGCAGAGUUUCGUUAUAAAUUUGGAUAUGAGAUGCCUUGUGAUGUCCUGGCGAAGAGGCUGGCGAACAUCUCUCAGGUCUUCACUCAGCGUGCAUAUGCCCGACCUUACGGUGUCUCUACAACACUCAUAUCCCUAGACUCGGAAUACGGCCCCCAGCUCUACAAGUGCGAUCCAGCUGGAUACUACGUUGGCUACAAGGCUACCGCAUCAGGACCAAAGACCCAGGAGGCGCUCAACUUCCUGGAGAAGAAGUUAAAGAAUAAGGACUCAGCCGAGGGCGACUGGAAAGAGGUGGUUGAACUUGGCAUCGCUACCCUGAGUACUGUGCUCAGUGUUGACUUUAAGAAGAACGAAUUGGAGGUUGGUAUCGUCGGAGGACCACGAUCGGAUGGGAAGGAUGGCACCGAACCUGGUUUCCGAGCCCUCACUGAGGAAGAGAUUGACGAUCGUCUACAAGCGAUCGCAGAUAAAGACUGA